AUGAAGCUCACUCACCUCCUUUCAUAUGCCCUUCUCUCCCUCAGUGGCGUGGAGGCCGCUACUCUGAACGGUGCCUGCAAAGGCAGCGGUGGUGCCCCUGGAACCUGCAUCUCUACCUCAUCUUGCACCAAAGCUGGCGGAAAAUACAUCUCCGAUGCCUGCCCCAAUCUCCCUGCAGACAUAAAAUGCUGCUCAAAGACUUCUUGUGGUAGCGGUGGUAACUGCCGCUUCACAUCCGCCUGCUCUAGCGGAAACACCAAGUCUGGUCUUUGCCCUGGGCCCUCAGACUUCCAGUGCUGCCUACCUGCAUCCAGCGGGGGCACAUUCCCUCCACCAAAGAUACCGGCUGUUGGCAGGUGCAAGCAGACAGCCGUCGACGGCGCAAAGAAAAUCGUGGCUGCCAACCCUGGGAAAGUUAGGGAGAUUUUCUGCAUCCGAGACUGCCCUUGCCCAAGUAACAGUGAGCAUUGCUGUGGCCUUGCAACCGACAUGAUGUGCACAUCUGUCGCAGGUAAACGCGAUCGAGACGCCUUUGGCCGUUCCAUGGCUGAAUGGGUUAUGAACAACCGAAAGACCCUUAACUUGAAGUAUGUCAUCUGGGGUCAGAAGAUCUGGAACCCAUCCAGAGACAAGGUCGGCCCGUGGUCCGGAUGGCGACAGAUGGAGGACCGCGGAUCAAUCACCCAGAACCACUGGGACCACGUUCACGUCAGCUACAACGGGCUUGAAAUCUUGGCGUCGGGCCCCGGAAAAACGUAUCUGCGGGGGAACAAAUUAAUCGCACACAAUCAACUUUGGCUUCAAUUUCUUUCUUCGCACUCCGUUCUUCAUCGCCAAACUACCAACGCCAACGCCCACGGUAAUCUCGACAAAAUGCCUCCAAAGAGUGGAAAGAAAGUUGCUGCUGCCCCCUUCCCCCAGGGCAAGGCUGGCUCCAAGAAGGGUCCCAAGAACCCUCUCAUCGAGAAACGUCCUCGCAACUAUGGCAUCGGUCAGGACAUCCAGCCAACCCGCAACCUUGGCCGCAUGGUGAAAUGGCCCGCCUAUGUCCGUCUCCAGCGCCAAAGGAAGGUCCUCAACCUCCGCCUCAAGGUUCCUCCAGCGAUCGCCCAGUUCCAGAACACCUUGGAUCGUAACACCGCCGCCCAGGCUUUCAAGUUCUUGAACAAGUACCGCCCUGAAUCCAAGGUCGAGAAGAAGGAGCGUCUCCACAAGGAGGCCACCGCUAUCGAGGCCGGCCAGAAGAAGGAGGACGUCAGCAAGAAGCCAUAUGCCGUCAAGUACGGUCUCAACCACGUCGUUGGUUUGAUCGAAAACAAGAAGGCCUCUUUGGUCCUCAUCCCUAACGACGUUGACCCAAUUGAGCUCGUCAUCUUCCUUCCCGCCCUCUGCCGCAAGAUGGGUGUCCCAUACGCCAUCAUCAAGGGCAAGGCUAGACUCGGAACUGUCGUCCACAAGAAGACUGCCGCCGUCUUGGCCAUCACUGAAGUCCGUGCUGAGGACAAGUCCGAGUUCGCCAAGCUCGUCUCCGCCAUCAAGGAGGGAUACAGCGAGAAGUACGAGGAGGCUAAGCGUCACUGGGGUGGUGGUAUCAUGGGCGCCAAGGCCCAAGCUGCCAUGGAGAAGAAGCGCAAGGCCGUCGACAACGCCAUCAAGAUCUAA